UCAAGACAGACCAAAAACUUCGCCAUGGAUUCUCACCAUCGCUCUCCCCCAGGCGAGUCCUGGUUUGCGCCGCUCUCGAUCGACCUCGUCCUCAAGGUGCUCUAUGUCACCUUUUUCCACCCCUUUGUGGCCUGGAUCGUGGUGCUGUGCUUCCGCGCCCAGCACAUGGAGUACGAUGCCAUGCCCAUGCGCGUCACCAUGGCCUACGCGAGUUUCGUCACCGUGUGCUGGACCCUGGCUGCCGUCAACCGCCGCCUCGCCUUCGGCAUGCCCCGCGAGGUCGACCUGGACGAGGAGGUUAUUGUCAUUACCGGCGGUGCCAGCGGCCUGGGCCUGCUCAUCGCCGAGGUUUACGGCAUGCGUGGCGCGAGCGUCGCCGUCCUCGACGUCAAGGACAUGGAGAACGGCGAGUCGCGUGGCGUGAACCACUACAAGUGUGACGUGACGGAUAAGGCUGCGCUCAAAAAGGUGGCCGCGCAGAUCGAAGAAGAACUUGGUACUCCCACCGUCCUGAUCAACAACGCAGCUAUCGUCAACGGCAAGCCCCUCCUUGAGAUGGAAAUCGAAGAUAUCGAGCGCAGCCUCUCAACCAACCUCGUCUCCCACUUCUACACCCUCAAGACAUUCCUUCCGGCCAUCAUCCGCGGUGGCAAGGGAGGAACCAUUGUGACAAUCUCCUCCGUCAUCGGCCAACUCGGCUCGGCGCGUCUGACCGACUACGCCGCCGCCAAGGGUGGCCUGAUCGCCCUGCACAAGUCCCUGACGGCCGAACUGAAGCAGUCGCACCCCGACAUCCGGACGGUUCUGGUUACGCCCGGCCAGCUCAGCACGCCGCUCUUCUACGGCGUCAAGACCCCCAACAGCGUCAUCGCACCCGUGGUGGAGCCCGUCGAGGUCGCUAAGGAGAUCAUCAACGCCAUCGACAACGGAAAGGCCGACCACAUCGGCAUGCCCUUCUAUGCGCGCUGGUGCGACUGGUACAAUGUGCUGCCUGUCAGCCUGCAGAUCCUUGCUCGCAAGGUUGCAGGCGUCGACAGGGCAAUGGAGACCUUUGUCGGUCGACAAGGCGCCAAGAAGGAGGUCUUGGUCGAGGGUUUAUGA